GGCAAUUGUCAUCAUCAGGGACAUCUUUCGCAAAUACCCCAACAAGUAUGAAAGUAUCAUUGCCACUCUGUGUGAGAAUUUAGACUCGCUGGAUGAACCAGACACCCGAGCAGCUAUGAUUUGGAUUGUGGGAGAAUAUGCUGAGAGAAUUGACAAUGCAGAUGAGUUACUAGAGACCUUCCUGGAGGGUUUUCAUGACGAGAGCACCCAGGUGCAGCUCACUCUGCCUACUGCCAUCGUGAAGCUGUUUCUCAAGAAACCAUCAGAAACACAGGAGCUGGUACAGCAAGUCUUGAGUUUGGCAACACAGGAUUCUGAUAAUCCUGACCUUCGAGACCAGGGCUAUAUUUAUUGGCGCCUUCUCUCAACGGACCCUGUCACAGCCAAAGGAGUAGUCUUGUCUGAGAAGCCACUGAUCUCUGAGGAGACGGAUCUUAUCGAGCCAACUCUGCUGGAUGAGCUGAUCUGCCACAUUGGAUCUUUGGCUUCCGUGUACCAUAAGCCUCCCAAUGCUUUUGUGGAAGGAAGUCAUGGAAUCCAUCGCAAACACUUGCCAAUACAUCACGGGAGCACUGAUGCAGGUGACAGCCCUGUUGGCACCACCACUGCCAUGAACCUGGAACAGCCUCAGGUCAUCCCCUCUCAAGGUGACCUUCUAGGAGACCUUUUAAACCUUGACCUUGGUCCCCCAGUCAAUGUGCCACAGGUGUCCUCCAUGCAGAUGGGAGCAGUGGAUCUCUUGGGAGGAGGACUAGAUAGUCUGGUGGGACAGUCCUUCAUCCCCUCAUCAGUGCCUGCAACCUUUGCUCCUUCACCUACUCCUGCUGUCGUCAGCAGUGGUCUGAAUGACCUGUUUGAACUCUCCACGGGAAUAGGCAUGGCACCUGAUGGAUAUGUGGCUCCUAAGGCUGUCUGGCUGCCUUCAGUAAAAGCUAAAGGCUUGGAGAUUUCCGGAACAUUUACUCACUGCCAAGGGCACAUCUAUAUGGAAAUGAACUUCACCAACAAAGCUUUGCAACACGUGACAGACUUUGCAAUCCAGUUUAACAAGAAUAGCUUUGGUGUCAUCCCUAGCACUCCUCUGGCCAUCCAUACACCACUGAUGCCGAACCAGAGCAUUGACGUCUCCCUGCCUCUCAACACCUUGGGCCCAGUCAUGAAGAUGGAACCUCUGAAUAACCUACAGGUGGCUGUGAAAAACAAUAUUGAUGUCUUUUACUUCAGCUGCCUCAUCCCACUCAAUGUGCUUUUUGUAGAAGAUGGCAAAAUGGAGCGCCAGGUCUUCCUUGCCACAUGGAAGGAUAUUCCCAAUGAAAAUGAACUUCAGUUUCAGAUUAAGGAAUGUCAUUUAAAUGCUGACAUUGUUUCCAGCAAAUUGCAAAACAACAAUGUUUAUACUAUUGCCAAGAGGAAUGUGGAAGGGCAGGACAUGCUGUACCAAUCCCUGAAGCUCACUAAUGGUAUUUGGAUUUUGGCUAAGCUACGUAUCCAGCCAGGAAACCCAAAUUAUACGCUGUCACUGAAGUGCAGAGCUCCUGAAGUCUCCCAGUACAUCUAUCAGGUCUACGACAGCAUUUUGAAAAACUAAUAGACUGGUCCGGGGCCCUCCGGCCACGCUGUGAUUGGUGCAAAGCCAAGAACUCUUAACUGGAAGAAGUCGUAUUGCCGUGUAGAAUCUGAACCCAAACACACUGAGGCCGCCCACCAAGGUAGUGACUAGUGUAACCUGUGCUAACAUUAGGGCACAACCUGUUGGAUAGUUUUAGCUUCCUGUGAACAUUUGUAACCACUGCUUCGAUCACGUCCCACCUCCUGCCACCUGCUGCUGCGAUCUGUCCUUACUUGUGAGCUUCUCCAUAGUGUGCCAGUGGCUGGCAUUUUUGAGUGUAGUUUGAUAUUUUGUAAUUGAGAGCUCAUUUCAAAAGCAGAAAAAGACAAAAAAUAUUAAAGCAAGGAAAAGUGUCACUGAAAAAAAAAA